UUGUCCUGCUAAUACCUAAUACGAUCCUCAUACUGCCUCGCCAUUAAAUCCGAUUCCGAGAAGAAGCAACGGUCAUUCUUUCAUGGCCUCUCCGUCAGCCAGGGGCCCUCCCAGGCUCAACCCAGCACGUCACGCGGAAGCCUCCCGCUGCUUCGACUUGCAUGCAGGUGGCUCGUGUUUUUAUUUAUGUAUUUUUUGUAGCCUUUAUAGCCCACUUUUCCUCCAAGAAGCUCGCCUCAAGGGUGGCGUACAUGGCUCGCCCCCUCUCCAUAUUAUCCUCAGAACAACCCUGUGAGGGAGUGACAGAUGUGCUGUGUGAAGCCUGUGAACAGUUGGGAUGGAAAACGCCAACCAAGAUCCAAGUGGAGGCUGUUCCAGUUGCACUCCAAGGGCGUGACAUAAUUGGCUUAGCAGAGACGGGAUCUGGAAAAACUGCGGCUUUUGCAUUGCCCAUCCUUCAGGCACUACUAGAAACACCUCAGCGCUUUUUUGCUUUGGUCCUUACACCUACCCGGGAGUUAGCCUUUCAAAUCUCAGAGCAGUUUGAGGCUCUUGGAUCUUCUAUUGGUGUCCAGAGUGCUGUUAUUGUGGGAGGAAUUGACAUGAUGGCCCAGUCUCUGGCUCUAGCCAAGAAACCACAUGUAAUAAUUGCUACACCUGGCCGACUUAUUGACCACCUUGAGAACACAAAGGGCUUCAAUCUGCGAGCUCUGAAGUACUUAGUUAUGGAUGAAGCUGACCGGAUCCUUAACAUGGACUUUGAGACAGAGGUAGACAGGAUCCUGAAAGUGAUUCCCAGAGAUAGGAAAACAUUUCUUUUUUCUGCUACAAUGACUAAGAAGGUGCAAAAACUCCAACGUGCAGCUCUUAAGGAUCCUGUUAAAUGUGCAGUCUCUACUAAGUAUCAGACAGUUGAAAAACUGCAGCAAUACUAUAUUUUCAUCCCUUCCAAGUUCAAGGACAGUUAUCUUGUCUAUAUUCUGAAUGAACUUGCUGGGAACUCAUUCAUGAUAUUCUGCAGCACUUGCAACAACACUCAGAGGACAGCCCUCCUGCUUCGAAAUCUGGGCUUCACUGCCAUCCCCCUCCACGGACAGAUGAGUCAGAAUAAGCGAUUGGGGUCGCUGAACAAGUUCAAGGCCAAAGCACGUUCCAUUCUGCUGGCUACUGAUGUUGCUAGCAGAGGCUUGGACAUCCCCCAUGUCGAUGUCGUAGUAAACUUUGACAUUCCUACCCAUUCCAAGGAUUACAUUCAUCGGGUGGGGAGAACUGCUCGAGCUGGACGCUCUGGAAAAUCCAUCACAUUUGUCACACAGUAUGAUGUGGAGCUCUUCCAGCGCAUCGAGCACCUGAUUGGCAAGAAGUUGCCUGCCUUCCCUACGCAAGAGGAGGAGGUCAUGAUGCUGACCGAACGUGUGGCUGAAGCACAGCGAUUUGCUCGGAUGGAGUUGCGGCAGCAGGGGGAAAAGAAGAGGCGCUCUCGCGAAGAGGCCAAUGAAGAUGAUGACACCGAGGGAGCAGUGGGGGUCAGGAACAAAGUCGCUGGUGGAAAAAAGAAGAAAUGGAAAGCCUGAGAAAUUAAUAUCCCUAGACUUUAUUUCUCCAUCCUAUUAAGCGACUUGGGUUUCUGGGAGUCACCAGUAUCAGACUGACCUUUCAGCUAUCCCAGACAGGAAGAAGUGUCCUGCUCCACUAGCACCUCUUACAAACUGGGCAAUCUAAACUCCCAGAUGUAAUGCAGAAGGGUUCUCUUGCAAGCCUGGGAAAUGUCUUCUAAUGCUGUGGUUGCCUAUUAUUUCUACUGCUGGCAGUUGUCCUGUCCACCGGUAGGGAUCAGAGCAGAGCAGAUUCUGUAACCUGUAUCUGGUAUAUGGCAGAACCUUUGAAACCUCUUCCUAAGUCAAUGGAGAGAGACUUCUGCAUCGACAAUUCUCUUACAGAAUUAUGUUAAAUAAAAACAAAACAAUAACAAAUUGCACAUUGUGCUGGUUCCAAGAAGUAUAGGCAAAGAAGAUGGAAGUCCUGCCGUGAGAUCCUUGCCUUUAUUAGGAGAGACAAUGGAGAGGAGGAGAAUAAGAAAAUAUAUAUGUUCUACUUAAAACCAAA